UUAAUUGACAAGUUGUUACGUGAAUUCGCCAAGGAAAAUUUUGGAGAUCGAGAGGGACAUUAUAUCCCUGUUGUCCAUGGCCAAACUCAAGAUAUUAAGUUAUUUACGCUGGUGGUAAGGACAUCUAGGUACGUUCUGGAACGCCCGUUUAAACGAUAUACGUAUACAGUUGUGGGGGAACUAGAACAUUACGUAGCAGAUGGAAAAAGGGACGAAUAUGAAGCCUUGAAGAACAAAAAGGUUGUAAAAGAUGAGAUGGCGUCAGUAGGGGGAAGUGAAGAUGGCAGCGGUGCUGCAAGGUAAACUUACAUUACUGAAAAAAUUUCCCUGCAUGAUACUGAUACAGAAAGUUAACAUUUACUAGUUUUCGCCUCGUUACAGUAAUUUAUAUUCAUAGCUUACUUAAACCUGCCCCAGUGGCUUUAGAAAGCUCAAUUUGUUGUCUUGUUAGAAACUGAAUAAUAGAGGGAAGGUCUUGGACCCUUUGAGGAGCUAUUUAGUUUUUUCUGCGAACAAAUUUGCCGCGUAGUUUCUUACAUUGUUUGAUUGUUAUAGCGGAGCUCCACGCGCGCGCGAAGCGCGCGCGUGGGCGGAGCCCCAUUGCUAAGUAAAUCUACCCAUCCCAGAAAAUUUGGUAAUCACGUGACCGCACACCGACCGCCGGUUCGUCCGCACCACAGGACAACCAAUGUUUACUCACACAUUUUAACUAGUUUGGGAGCCCAAGAGAAAACUAAUUUCACAUCAAUGUUGUGAUCAAUUGACAGCUGUCAAAACAGGACAUCUGCUGACCAGUAUCACCUGACCGUACCGCGGGCUCAAGUGUUGACCCAGCGAGGUCGAGUAUUUUUUGAAGUUAUCCGCUGAUUAAUUACCAGUUUGAAAUGAUCGCAGGCUCAAGUUUAUUUUUUCCAAGGAUUCAUAUCAAAUAUGUUGUGUUUAUGUCACUAUGGCCCCGCACUAUCAGAAUUUUGAUUUCAAACUGACUUCGGAAGCGAAAAUUCAGCCAGUUUUUUUAAAAGUUUCAGGCGGGGAAGACCUUAUCUUACCAUGGUCACGCGUUGGUCACGCUCUACGUCCAAUUUUUAUACUCUGAUUGAUCAAAAUUUGACAGGUGAGUUCGUGCGAAAAAAUUAUGCAGCAUCUUGAAAAUUGUUUACUUUGACAGCUGAAGCUGAAGGGUUUUGUGUCAACUUGUGAUGUUUUUAACUGUCUUUUUCUUCUGGAUGUACAAAAUGAAAUACAGCUGCUAUCAAGAGUCUUCUGUUAUUCAUGGCUGGUUUGUUUACUGGGUUUUUGGUUGAGGAACGCGUCGCUUAUCAAAAUUUGGUAAUUCGAUUUCGGAUGGCAUCGUUUUCGUUUUUCACCUUGCUUAAUGCGUAAGAGGGUUUAAAAGUCUCAAGCAACUGUGGCUUUCCUUGAUAGCUUUCAGGGACUGAAUCUCGAAUGGUAAGCCUGAGUAACUAUUGUAUUUGAUGUUUGUUUUUUAAUUUCAUGAAGUCUUGCACAUUCACGCUGACAGUUUAUGCGGCAAGUUUAUGCACGUUUGUAGCCGUAGUUUGAGUCAAUGAUCUGACCUAGUAUCAGGUUUGAACGGUUUGAUAUAAGCUUACAGAACUUUAAAAAGCCUCCAGAUAUAUUUGCUCACCACAGAUAGAAAGAAAACGUUCCGAAGAAUAUUUAGUUAUAAAUUUGGCUGUAGAAAGAAAACUUUGAGCGAUUUUCUUGCUUCGAGGAGUUCACCUUGGAAAACAGUAAACACCCGUGCUUAAGCCGGCUUAUAAAGCUUCACGCCGAGACUCAGGAUUUUUAGAGACACUUUAAUGCUUGUCUUCAUGAAUGAAAAUUGUUAUGUCUGUAAAUGUUUCACCGAAUUAUACUUCUUUUUUUGAUUGUUAGUAGUCUCUCUUGCAAUUUUAAUCGCUUGUCUGUGCCGUUUGUUUUCAUCGUUCAUGAACAUGGCUUGCAGGAGUACUCAAUGUCGCGCGUAUCAAACGCUUUAUAAGAUUACACAUCGUUAUAACUGAAACCAUUAAAUAACAAAAAAAAUAAUAAUAAAUUCGCUAUUAUGUUGAAGCUUAACUCUAUUAAAGUUCAUUCAAACACUCGACCACACUCAGGGGCACCCAACGGCAAUUUUCGGGAAAAUAUCUGUUCGGAAGACGAUUUGAGAACUAGAAUUUUCGGAACAUUUGUUGUAAAAUUUCUUGCUUGCCUGCCUCUCCUAGGAUUUUCGAACAUCUACAAAUUGGUAUAAUUACCCAUUUUAAACGGAUAUUCACCCUAAAAAAGGUCACCUAGAAUUUUCGGGAGCCUUUUCCUGGCUGAAAUUUUCGAAAAGGUAAGUUUCGAUCCCUAUAAUUUUCGGAUCACUAGACUUUCAGCUAGGAAAUCCGAACAGAUGAAAAGUUUUUAGGGGAUAAAAAUAUGCCUGUAUCUACCGUUUAAAUACUAAAAUACGUUCAACAAUGCUAUGUUAAGUGGUUUUGAACUAUAUCCUUGUUGGGUGCCCCUGCACACUGACAGCUCGCACUAUAGAAACGAGAACCGGCUGCCCAUAUGGGUGAUUUUGGAAAUUUUUGAACGGUUUCGCUUUACGAUUGAUCGUCCUGAAUAUUGACUGAGUGCAAUUUGUCUUGAAAAAUUGUGAAACACUGCAUUCUGUCCGCGGUCUGUAUGAUAAAUAGUACUGUUUCACCUCAAAGGUGAUGUACAAAAAUUAUAAAAGGUUGGUUUAAACACCCCCAGAUUUGUUGGCAAGAAUUUGUAAAGUAAACCUGUCGAACGCAAAAAAAUUCGGCGUGAUUUGUUUCCCAAGAAUUUGUUUUCGAGGCCUAAUCUACUGUGAUCUUGAAUGUGAUCGAAGAUGUUUGCUAUUUUUUGGGUGUACAUAUAAGGUUAUCAAUUCGAUGUAAGAUGUUUCACUCUCAAAUAAUUUAGCCUUUCCCUCAAACGUCACAUGAAUGUGCCCUUAAGUUAAAUGAUUUGUAGAUUAAAAGUUUAUUUUUUGAUUUAAAUUAUAAAUUUAUUAAUUGGAGCUUCGCUUUUAGCCCUGGCUAAAUCUAUAUAUUAUUUGUAUACAAUUUGCAACAAUGACCAUAGAUUCAUUUCUAGUGUGAUACGCUUUUGGUAGCUAUUGUCACAGCAUUUGGCUAUCAUUUAUUAUUUUAUGCUCUCUAAAUCCAUAUUCCGCGAUACAGACAAAUGCAAGCCACUUUAUACAAAAGGAUACAUUGAAGUGGAUGUGACAGCCAUACCAGUAAUCCUUUUAGAGGAGUAAACCAUCUCACUUCCUUUCACGGAUUACUUCCGGCAUGUGACCCCUGUCACACUGAAUAAUUUCUCAGCCAAUCAGAUAAAAGCUGUCACAUAAACAGUGCUCAAUUCAGCAAAACAACAGUCCAGCCUCUCUCGCCGAGGUUCUUAUGAAAGUUUCUGUCUCUUCCUUUGGGAGAAUCCAAGUUUCCUCCUAAGAUAGAGACAGGACUGUUUUUUCCUGACGGUUAGAAGACACCCAAUCACCACUAAGAUUAGUGAUCACACCCGCGUAUAUUGGUGGAACAUUUGCUUGGAAUAAAGUGCUCCCUUACUUGUGACCCUUUGUGACCCCUACUUGUUACUGCUUAAUCCAGGGAAAUGGUAAUCAACACAACCACCCCUCUAUAGCCAAGGGGGUUCUUCGACAGAGGAUUAUCACCUCUCAGAACCCUGGAGGAUUAUCACUCCAAGAGAGAACUAUAACCAUUCACAACCCUGGAGGAUUAUCAACCCCUAGAGAGAAUUAUUACCUGUCACGACCAUGCGGGAUUAUCACCCCCUGGAGAGGACAAUCACCUGUCACGAACCUGAGGGAAUAUCACCCUGAGGGAGGACUUACAGCUCUCGCUACCAUGUGGGAUUAUCACUCAGAGAGAGGAUUAUCACCUGUCACGACCCUGAUAGUCUGCUAAACAACCAUUCUUAGUGUCGUCACACAACCGUUUGUGGGGAGGAGCGUUGCGUGACGACACUAAGAACCGCUGUGUAGCAGACUACGACCCUGAGGGAUUAACACUCCGACCUAAGCGGAUUAUCACCUCUCACGACCCUGGGGGUUGUCACCUGCUAAAGAGGACUACCAAUGCUCGCGAUCUUGAGGGAUUAUUAACCGCUAGAGUUAGUGUUUCGUGUUACGAAAGUCAUUCUAACUAUUUAUUUCCUUAAAAAAAGUAAUGUAGAAAGUAAUCAGUUGUAAAAAGUCCCCUUUAUAAAUAAUCAGAUCGUCAAUACCUGCACUUUUUUUAUUAAUGUAAUUUUACCCAGUAGUACACUUACUAACAUUUUCUCUUGUGCGUAACAUGCACGCAGAUUAAAUUGUCCCCCAUACGAAUUUUUUUGCUUCUUGAUUCAGCUCUUUUGCAGUUGGAGCCCACGCUGCUAAUAUUGCCAAUAUUGAGAUCAAGAUAAAUGAAGACCUGAGAUCCCUAGAGCUAGGGGGAAUGGAUCAGGAAUACAUACUUGACCCAGACCUACGUGAAGUGUUGGCCAAAACAGAACUAGAUAUCAAUAAAACAGGAGUGUUUGAAGACCAAGAACUGCGUUUGACAACCUCAGUGAUUUACAGUCAGCGUUUUGUAGUUAAAGGCAACAGAAAAAACGAGGUACUUUAG